AUGCCCACCUUCGAUCAAUGCCCGAGGCUGACUGUCUAUGCCUAUCAUCGUAUGGCUGUCAUUGUUCCUCGUGGUGUGGGGUUGGACAGGCUAGCCGGCUCCAGACUAUAUCUCUCUUAUUCGGCGACCGCGGGGUACAGAGUAAAUUCCGAGCGGACGAGAAGAGGAAGCAUGAGAGAGAAGGAUAAUAGGCGUAGGGGCAAGUAUGGUUUGCUCAGGAAACCGAAGCAGCUAUUGUGCCGCGCUUUUCUCAAUUGUUGA